AUGCGGUUCGCUCUACAGACCGCUGCGCGCCCCGCGCUCUCUCUUCCGCGGGCCUUCCCCUCGAGCUCUCGCAAGAUCACGAUCCCGGCCCCAGAGCUGGCGCCGAAGGAGGGCGAGACGACGAACUUUGUCGUGCGCUGCGACAAUGUGAUUGACAACCCGGCGACGGCCCUUCGCCUAGUGCGCGCGGUGGAGAAGGAGCUCGGGCCCGUGAUCCGCAUCGACAUGCCGAAGGAUCAAGACAUGCGGCGCGGCUACAAGUUCAUGUCGGUGCAGACGCUGCGCCCGGCCUCUCUCCCGGAACCGAUCAAGGGGGAGCUAGGCGCAAGCUACGUGGACCAGAACGCGGACCAGGGCGGCGUCUCGAUGACGGACAUUAUGGAAGCGCUUGGGUCCGCGCAGCGCAGCCCGCGCAGCACCAAGCCCGUCCGCCGGCUCCAGUACCAGAUCAACGAGCGGCAGGGCCCGGUGCGCAGCUUUGGGAGGCAGAGCCAGGGGCGCCGGGGGCAGGCCUGUCGCGCGCCGCGCCCGACAAUGGCGCAGCAGCGCGAGGACAGCCAGAUUGUCGCCGCGCUGCGCCAGCUCGAUGGCGGCUUCUUUGGCGGGUUCGCCGGGCUCGCGGACAAGUUCAAGGAGCUCGAGAUGCCCGCCGAGGCCGAGCCGCCCGUCAAUGCGCCCCGCGUCAAGAAGGCGGACAAGGCUAAGCGCGAGGCGGCGGAGGCUUCUUCUGCCUCUGCUGACGCUGAGGCGCCCCAGCCUCCCGUGAAGGAGGAGCCGAAGGAGACGGGGCCGCGCAAGACCUUCGCGGAGAUUGUCGCCGAGCAGCGGGAGGCCAAGCUCGCCGCCAUUGCCGAGGCGCAGGCUAAGGCCCAGGCCGACAAGCCCCAGGAGACCGAGGAGGUGCGCGAGGAGUCGACGGAGGGGGAGGACGCGGCGGCAGCAGAAGCGGCCAAGAAGGAGAAGCUGGCGCAGAUGGCGCUGAAGCGCGCAAAGAGGACGGCGGCCGCACAGGCAAAGGCGGAGGCGCACCGGGCUGAGAUCCAGGCCGCGCGCGACGCGGAGGAGAAGAGGCUCCAGGAGAUCAGGGAAAAGGAGGAGGAGGAGCAGAAGAAGAAGAAGAGGGGAUGGUUUUAG